UCACGAUGAAGUCGACUUUGUCGUUGUUGCUCCUAGCAACUGUUGCUGCCGCAGCUUACCUUCCAAAUAGUUUGAAUUUGGUGGAGCCCAAAAAAGUGGGAAGUGUCUACUUGAUUAGUUUAGACCAAGAAGAUAAUGGACUGGAAUCUAACGAAGUUGACCAACAACCCAAACUGAUGUACGGCAUUCCUAGACAAAACCUGCACUUUCUGGGAGGGCAACAUACAGAAGAACCAAGCCAGAAUUUCCCAUCGUUCCCUGAGCCACAAAACAUCUUUCAACCCGACUUCCAAAAGCCCCAAGAUCAGCUCCCUAUCAGACCGUUUGGUCCACUAUUUACUCCUCAAGACUUUCGUCAAGGUCGUGUAAGACGUUCCGCUUCCCCCGGUUAUGGAGGAGGUUGUAAGUCAUGUGGAGGUGGUGGCGGUGGUGGCUUCCGUCCAGGUGGCGGCGGAGGCGGCGGUGGCAAAGGAUUUGGUGGAGGCGGUGGUGGCUCCUGGAGUCAGUCUUCCUCUUCGUCUUCCAGUGGUGGAUGGGGAUUCGGAGGAGGCGGCAAAGGAGGAAAGUAUGGCAAAUAAUUAUAAAUUUAAGGAAAGCAAGUGUAAACAUUGAUUAGGUUAUAAUGUAUUAUACCAAUAAUUUAGUGAAAUAUAGUUGAUAAUACAAAAAUAUGUGUUUCUAUUAAUGUAUGCAAGUAUGAAAUGAAA